AGGAGCCAAGGAGGUUUGCCAAAUGGCAAAUGAUCAUCAGCAUCCUAUCAACCUUGCUCAUUCCUUUCGACAAAUUGUCGUUUUAACCAAAUCAUCAUUUUAGCUUCAUCGCAUCAACUAUCGCCUAUCGCCUACCGUGCAGUGGAGAGGUGGCGCAGAUUGAAAGUAACAAGGCGAAAACGCAAGGACUGAUACUACAUCUCCGAGCCAAUCCCCUAUCUGGUAUCUACACUAAUAUCUGCGAUUUGAGGUCCCGACACGUGGCUACCUCAUCCGGAGGGUAAGCAAGUAGGGGCAGUUUGAACCGACUACCCGCGGAAGGUGUUCAGCGUGAAUAAAUUGCAGCAGUGUUCGGCAGAAUCUGAGAGCCUUGUUCAGCUCUCGCUAGCCUCAAACUCAUAGCGCGGAACCUGCUGGAAGUGGGUCGUUGGAUGCGAAAUCAGGAUCUGUCUGUGCGUUGUCGGAUACCUUUCUGGGUCUUGGGUGACCCACCACUGAGGGUGGUUGAUGGUACCUCUGCACUAAAAGGUCUCACCAUGCACUUUUAGCGAGCUAAAAGCCCCCGCGUUGUUUCCUCAGUCCCUUCCAUCCUCCCAGCUAUCCACCACAGUUGACUCACCUACUUUGCCGCCCGCUAGGUCUCGUUCCGAUAUGAACCAGUCGUCCUACGGGUAUCUAUUGGACCAACCCUCGCCAAAGAACCAGCCGCUAGAGCUGCAUUUCCCCUCCAUCACCCACCCGCCACACACCACUGAUGGCAGCGCCCAUAUCCCGAAACCUCAUCCCCAUCUGAUUUCGCCUGUUAUUUAUAUCAACUCUUAUCCACAAGACCUCCCCAAUAGCCUACUGCUAGACUGCUUAGAAGGAUGCCCCGUUAAAAUUACACUUCCACCUGUUGUACUGCCUGACGUCCGCCUCAUGCCAGAUGCCUAUUAUGACUGGAUGCCCAGAUCAGGGACGCUGGAAUUUAAUUCAUUGGCUGAUGCUGAGAAGGCACUCGCUAUAAUCAACAGUCAUUCAAUGCUCGCUCCUCGAGGCGUAUGGGUAUCUCCCAGCCCUCCUGACCAACCUAUAUCAUUCCCUAAAAGCGUCAUUGCGGAACGUUUAAUCCGCCCUUCAAAAUUUUCUAGUCUAACACAAAAAGCGACACAAUCACUGCCAAAGUUUGCCCCAACACCGUCUGAGCUCUAUGACGCCAUAAGACCUUGGGGUUCCUUGAAAUCUGUCAGCACUUGGCUCGCAGGGGUUGCCCCCGCAAACCCGACGAUACCAGACUGGUUUGCAAAAGUCGAGUUUUGGUAUGCAGAUGAGGCUCAAAGAUUUGAAACAGAAUUUGGUCAAACGAGCAGUCUAAUCAAAGGGUGGCAGGUAGUAAUCUGGGGUAAUACCCCCAUCCCCUAUUCUGAUAGUGUUUUACCCUGUUUUGCUGCACUCGCUCAACCACCUCCUGUCAUUUCCGCAAACAUAUUUGCUUCUGACUCCUCCUCACUGGCGACAGCUUUUUUUCCUGUACCAUUUUCAGAAAUCAGUCACUCUUCUUUCCCCCCUAUCGCCGUCCCACAACCACUUAUCUCGCAACCUUUCUUUCCUCCUACUCCCUCCAGUAUCUCCGGCAGUCCUCCCUGGGCAACUCACAACCCAUUCGCUUACAAACCUCGUAACCCUCCUACUGCACCACGAAUGAUGAGAAGCAGAUCCAGCCCAACUAGAUUGAAUAAUAACGGGCCAGAUUUGCCUCUGAAUAUCGGGCCACGAAGGUGGAGCUUGACUAUGGGAGAAACACCUGAUGGAGUGUUUCAGCCCACGGGUCUAGUAUCCGAUGACGGUAAAAUUAUACAGCAUGGUCCAGGUCAACAUAUCAGACCUGCCCCAGCUUUUGGCCCAGGUUCACAGAGUGCCUCCGGACUAGUCGAUUACAGCAACAUCUUCAUUAAAAAUCUGGAUUCCGACAUCAACUCGUUCUAUCUUGAAGAGACUUUCAGUCAGUUUGGUCGAGUAAUCAGUGCUCGUGUGAUGCGUGAUGACCAUCAGCGCAGCAGAGGUUAUGGUUUUGUCAGCUUCUACACUCCUGAGGAAGCUGCUUGCGCUGUCAAAGCUAUGAAUGGGACUCAAUUUGGUCGACAGGUCCUUUCUGUAACUCUUCAUGAGCCUCGUAAGCUUAGGCCAGAGAAGAUUGCCGAGCGCGUUGCGCAAGGUCUCAUCCACCGUCAAGCUGUGCCUCCUCAUGUUGCGAGGCGAUCCUCUAACCCUGUCAAAUCUCGUCGAUCAUUUCGCGAGAUUAGUAUUUUUGAUCGUUCCAACGACUCGGACCCUUCGGAUGAUAUUCGCCUUCUCAGUCCGGAAAGUCGGAAGGCGGUGCUUGAGAAAAGACUCAUUGCUCGAGUUCGAGUAUAUGCAAAGAAGCGGUCGGUUUCAGAAGAAAUGAUUCAACCUAUCGUCAAUUCACUCUUACCGUCUGAUUUGGCGUUGAUCCCUCUGCUGCACAAUCAUACACAGUUGGAUAACAGGAUAGCAGAAACGCUUUCUUCCAUUCAGGAAGUUCCUGAAGUGCCUGCAGCAGCUCAAAGACCGACCGAAAGCGACAUUGACGAUCUUCGUGUACAAAUAGAAAAGAUCGAUUCCGAUGACGCCGAUAACGUAAUGCGUGUCUUCAUGGACAUAUUGAAGGCAGAAGAUUGGGAAAGGGGACUGGGUAAUAAGGCAGAGGUAGCAAUUAAAUACGGGGACGCGAAACGACUCUUACUGAAGGAGAGGAAUGAGAGACAAAAGGAGUCCAGUGAGGAUAUCAGCGACAAAGACGCAAUGACCGGUGACCCAAUAUUUGAAACUGGGCUGUCUGAUGAACAAGAUCCCACUAUAAUACCCCUGGAAACAAUUACCGUCCCACUGCUCGCUUCCCUUUCGGCGAAAAAGAUUAUCUGGAAUCUAUCGUCGUCAUAUGGCUCUGAUAUACUGCUGAAAUUGGGAUUGAAAGCUCCGAGCGAUCAAGAAAGAAAUAGUUUGUUAGCAUGGCGAGCAAAGAUUAUGAACAAAGGAAACGUCGUCAUGAGGGGAGAGAUGGUUAGGAUGUUGGAGAGGCAUGCUGUGGUUGAUGGUCUGAAGCGCAGCCAGAGAAUCAAAACUCUGCGAGAGUUUGUAAAUGCAGAGGAUGAUGAUGAGUCUUUAUGUGAAUUAGUGCUUUAUCCGGCCCUGUUCCAUGCCAAAUUAGAGUGUUUCCUUAGUUCUCGUGAAUUUCGAUAAAAAAAGUAGAUGGACAGACUGUGUAUCGUCCAAUUUGAGCCCAAAAAUUCAAAAUCGUUUUGCUUUAUGCGUGGAACCUAAUUGCACCGCAUUUGGCCCUUGAUAUCUCUAGUAUAACUAUACAGAUUACGUUACAUCAUAAUGGCCUAUAAACAAAGGGUCCGAUAUACACUUUAAAUCGCUGUUUGCAGACCGACGAGGGGAUGUCCAGUCUUGGGAUCCCAGUGACUUGUCGCUUCGUUCAACAAUAUGACAGUACUUUUUGACGACACCAACCCUUCUCUGGACAAUGCGGCUUCAAAGUUUUUCACUAAUUUGGUAUCGUGAGGUUUCAGGUUGGCACGGUAUUCCCUGAUGCCAUUUAUUCAGCGGGCCAAUCCAAGAAAGGUUUUUGAGAUGAUGUGGAUUUGAAACGGUGGGGAAAAAAAAAGAAGUGGAACGGACGCACCAUGAGCAUUCGUGUAUACCAUAGCCAUCCCAUUUGACCAAGUAUUGCGUUUCCCUUUCGAUCCUCUUGCCCUUUCUCAUCAUGGACCGUCUUCCAAGGAGCCGCUCGACGACAAAGACUUGUUCUUCUAUGAGAUCUUGUGGUUUUAUAUCAUCCCUAAAAAUUAUGUUGCAUCAGCCAUCGAAAAGCGUUUUCCCCCGCCCACAUCCGGGAGAAAAUUGGCGGGUGCUUACAAAAGUAUACAAUUCGAUCGGAUACAUCUCUCUUGUUGACUGGGCUCGACCGUCUGUUUCGUGAGUCCAUGGUAUUUGACGAGGUAACGACAGUCAAAACAGAGCCAGCUCUUGUCGGACAUGUCGGAUGUUUCUUUAAGACCUGCACAGCACCAGUGGCAGCUUAUUACAAUAGUAGAUGUGUAUCGUCAGUAUAUGUAUGAAUGAAUGAAUGGAUU